AGAAGCAGAGGAUGGCAGGAGAGCCAGAGUUCCAUCAGCCAAAGAACCAUGANGAGGAGGAGGUCACAUCUGGAGACCAGGGAUUUGCUGAGCAUGACCCCGAGGGUCUCAUUUGCAGCUCCAAGAGUUUACAAGGUACCAGGAUGACUCAGGGGCAGAGGUGUCAGGGACUCUCUGCAGAAGGAACACAGCAGAGCAGGAUCUGCUCCCUGGGAGCUCAGCUCUGCCCCUCUGCCGGUUCUGCAGGGCAUCUGACCCAAGUCCCCUGGCUUCUGCUGCUUCUCAUCUCUUUGGGCCUCUUUUUGCUUAUGUUGGCCACCCUGGCUCAAGUCUCCAGGAUUCGUGCAUACUCACAGGGACAGACCCAGGAUCAACAGGGUAGCUCCAGCUUGGACAAGGUUGCUGUUCCUUGGGAGCAGACACACUCCAGCUUGGAGCAGAUCCAGCAGAUCCAGCAGCAGCUGACUCAGUUCAANGCCUCGCUGGCUGGCCUGUGCCGGCCCUGUCCCUGGGACUGGGAGCUCUUCCAGGGAAGCUGCUACCUCUUCUCCAGAACCCUGGGCAGCUGGGAAACCUCUGCCUCCUCCUGCAAGGAUCUCGGGGCCCACCUGGUGAUUGUCAACAGUGUUUCAGAGCAGCAAUUCCUCAAAUACUGGGACAUCAGAAAGAAUCAGCUCACCUGGAUCGGCCUCAGCGAUCACAGAAGUGAAGGUUCCUGGCAGUGGGUAGAUGACACCCCACUCAAACUCAGCUUCUGGAAAGAAGGGGAACCCAAUAACGAAGGCGACGAGGACUGCGUGGUAAUGGCAGAAGACAAAUGGAACGACAGCCGUUGUACUGCAAACAACUUCUGGGUCUGUGAGCAGCCCUCGGCUCCCUGCCCUCGCCACUGAGGGUCUGUCCUCCCCUAGCCACACAGGCAGCCCUCGGCUUCCUGCCCUCNCCACUGAGGGUCUUGUGCUCCCCCAGCCACACAGGCAGCCCUCGGCUCCCUGCCCUCNCCACUGAGGGUCUUGUGCUCCCCCAGCCACACAGGCAGCCCUCGGCUCCCUGCCCUCGCCACUGAGGGUCUUGUGCUCCC